UCCUUGUCUGCUGCUGCUGGUCGAAGUGCGACAUGAAGCUGAAGAACCUUUCCAUAAGGUUCGGGUCCACGCUUGAGGAGGGUGAUGGGCUCCACAUUCAAUCUAUCACUGCAGAUUUACCUCGACUCUCAUUUCUAGCAACUUACUCACAGCUCCAAAUCUUCUGGUAAGCCCAUGGACUUUCACUUAGUAAUUAGCAUAACUAGUAGAAUAGGGACAUUACUCCCAGCACCGGCACGUGCCAUAUUAGUUCCAGCGCAUAGCAUUGUGCAAGGCAUGCUGGUACCCCGUUCGUCGCGCACCCGUGGCAGCGAGCACGUCGCUUGCUCCACUUCCACGGCGUCGAGCGUAACGCUCGUCAAGCACCUGUGAAGGCGGGCGGCGUGGCGCGCUCCCGUGGCGGCAAGUGCGGCGCUCACACCGCUCUGGUAGCGGCGAGCGCGGUGCUCACUCUGAUUCUACGGCGGCGAGCGCGGCGCUCGUCGCGCACCCAUGGAGGCGGGCGGCAUGGCGCGCUCCCGUGGCGACAGGUGGCGUGGCGCGCUCCCGUGGUGGCAGGCGCGGCGCUCACGCCGCUCCCGUAGCAUCGAGCACGGCGCUCGCUCCGCUUCUACAGCAUAUUCGCGAAUGGUCAUUCGACAAACUGCAAGCUCUCGGUAUGUUCCCCCUCUCCUUCCCUGCGUCUCUAAUUUUUUCGUCUCUACUUCUUUCUGUCCCUCAUUUUCUGUUACUUCCUUGUUUUUCCUGUUGUCUGUCCACCUCUCCCCCACUCUUGUUCUGUCUUCGUUUCUUAUUCUUCUUUCUAUUCCCCUGUACUACUGAGUCUCUCUUUCUCCAUAUUCAUUGCUCCCCCUCUCCUUCUCCCUUGGCGUUCCUCUUUCUGCCUACCUUUUCUGGCAACUGCCCCUAACCGACCAAUCUCACUCCCUUGAUUCUCCCUCCUUCCCCCCCUCUUCCAACCCCCCAAUCUCCCAUCCCAGGCACUACAACUGCCCACCUCAGGUGCCCAAGCAAUGCUGCUACCUCUUUCCCCACUCCGUCCCCCUUGCCUCCUCCAACAUCAACCCCGCCAAUUGCUCUUUCUCAUCCCAUCCCUUCCCUUUAUCCCAGGCAAUAUCUCAGACUACUUUAUCCGCCCAGUUAAUUGCACUCUCCCCUUUCCCCCUCUUUCCCCCUUGCCUGCCUCUUCCAACCCCCCAUGCUCCCCUUCCCUCCCAUUGCUCCUUCCCAGGCAGGCAGCACUGUUGCCUGUUGCCACAACCCACCUAAUUGCACUCUUACCUGUUCGCCACUUAACCCUCUCGCUCUCUCUCCCAGCCUCCUGCUCUCCCCUUCCUUUCCUUCCCUUUCUCCCAGGCACCACUUCUGCCCUCCACUGGUGCCCACGCUAUCUCACUCUAUCCGUGUCCCCUCGCCCCCCCUUGCCCCUUCCCCUCUCCUAUUCCCUUGCUCCCUUUCAUCCAGGCAGUAUUUCUGCUUGCCUUAGCUGACCACACAAGCGCACUCUCUCCUUUCCCCUAUAUAUGCCCGCCAGCAUAUGUUCCCAAUCCCACUCUCCUUUCCUCUCCUUUCCCCCUGCCACCUUCUCUUCCAACCUCUUCUCUUUCAUUCUAUUUGUUCCGUCAAAUCCAAGCGCUACCACCAUCGCCGUCCACCCAAUCGCACUCUCUUAUCCCUCUCCAUCUCCCGUUCCCUUUAGAUUCCACUCCCCCUUUAUCCCACCCCUCCCUUCUCUCCAUCUCAUUCAUUAUUUCUUCCCGGCGCCACGUCUAACUCAAUCACACUCUGUGCUUUCCCCUUUCCUCCCUUUGCCCCUUUCUUGUCAACUCCUGUUUAUCCCACUUCCAAGUAAACUCUCCCUACACGGUUUUGGAGAAGCAUGGCGUCAUCAUCAAACUCUAGCGCCAGAGUUACCGGUGAGAGAUCUGAUGGUGAGUUUGAAAAACAGUACAGGUUAAAAUUUUGCCCGAUUAUUCGAGAUGGAAUUGCAUUUAUCGUAGCUUAUCCUUGUGGUUGUUCGGUACACAAGGUAAUUACCCAGAGGUGAAGUAUCGUCUUAUUGAGAUGUGGCUUUAGAAUGGAACAACCCGGAAUAUGAUUAUCCGACAAUAGCGAACACUCCGUAUAGGCAAACUUUUGCCACCGAUCACAAGUAUUAUGGACACGUCUCACGUCGUAACGAGUGGGGCUCUAGCACUGAGGUGAAGGCCUUUUCGGUUGUUUUCGAUACAAACUCAAUUAUUUGGCCCUUCACAGGUCAUUUUAUCGCGUGUUUCCGUGCGAGUGCAUCUCAACCAGUGAUGCAUUUACAUUUCGAUUUGUCAGCUAAGCACUAUUCUUUAUUGGUUCCAUCAGAGUUUGGAGUCGUGUAUGGCACUAGAUAUGUAUCAGAAGCACGACGUAUGUCAUUUGUAGGACCGUCUAGUAAUGGUGCAAUGCGAGACGACCGACUGUAUGAGACAAAGCUCAUUGACGUUCCGAUGACCGCUCCAAGGAAGAAUACAUUGAGUGGAGCCUUUUCACACGACUUCCAACGGCAGAUGAGGAAUGGUAAGUGCCUAGAUGAGAAAUGUUGUGACAUUAAUAAUGGUAUACAGCAACAGAUAAUGAAAGUUCCUCUCGAAAAACGGAGCAACAAGGUAUGUGACAGCAACAGUGAUAUUGAGCAUAGAGUAAGCAUGGAUCUAGAACAAGUCGAGUUCCGAAUGUGCGAGGUUUUGCGCGAUCGUCAUGUACCUGGAAACUGGGUAAGCAAUGGGGCACGUCCUUCUGUGGUGUUUUCUCUCUAUUUGUUGCAUGAUGCCUCUUCAAAAUCAGGAUCCCAGUCGUCCAAUGUUUUGGAUGAUGCUUAUCAGACGGUCAACAUUUACAACACUUCAUGUGGCAAAGAUACAUCUCGUACUGUGAGCACAAUGGUUACAGAGAGCGAGCAAAAGAGGAUGUCGCAUCUGAAUGGGCCAGGAAGUCAUGUACGGAAAGCUGGCUACGAUCUUCAAGAUCAGUUUUGCAUCUACGAGUCAAUGUUGCAGCUUCAAAUUUUACCAGAGCCUCCCUUCAUCGGUGUUAGAGCAACUGCUCACGACUUCAAGUUUGUUGUAAAGCACCAUAAGAAAGCUUACACAUAUUCGGGCUUUCAACAAGCGUUUGACGCUGCUUACGGUCGAUCAUAUUUUGUAUACACAAAAAUAGGUGCGUAAAAAAAAAAUAUGUUGGACGUGAAGUUUGGAUUACACAAGGACAAUGUCGCUCUUAUAACGAAUGAUUUGCUGGAUGAGAAAGUCAGAAAUGUUGCCGUUAGCCCGUUUGCUAGCACGGAAAACAAGAGUCAAUACAUGGAAAUUUUCCUCAAAGAUUGUAAUAGCGGACAUGAUAUAGAAUGUGCAGCGUGUGGUACCUUAAACUUGGAAAUUGAUGGCAUCGCGCUGUGCGUGGACGCGACAAUGGCAGGUAUGGUGUUGGGGUACCAAAAGCCAUCGCGGUUGAAACCGGGGUCAAGAUCCGGCGGGUGCGUCCAGGGUGCGAAGGAGACGACACCGUCGUUGUCGGCGGCCCUGCAGUCCAGAACAAAAUCCAAGACAAAGACACCAUGCUUCUAGAUGGCUCUGCCAAUGAAGAGGCCGCCCUUCCCGUGGUAGAGUCGGAACUCUCGGUCAAAGCUGUCGCACUCUAGGUGAAUUCCCUUUGACA